AUAAACAGAGUAAUGUACUUUCUAAUUUUAUUUGAACAAAGGUUGCUUGUUUUAUAUACAAACCCUCUCAGAUGUCAGGGAGAAAGUUCUGUCAUAUGUAUCAGUGCUCAGUCGUCCAUUAGCCUUUGCUAAGGGUGGACCAGACACAUCCUGGACCCCAAUUUACCUUGAUCAACUGGGACUCGGCUUAAUGAUCACACUUGUGGCUCCAGUGUUUAACAUCACCAGUCCUGAAGAUAAAGGACAACUGCUGGGAGUGGUGGGAACAGAUAUGCCAUUACCACAACUGGAGGGCACUGUCCCAUUGAGUGAGGUCGGGGUGAAUGGGUAUGGCUUUGCAAUAAACAACAAUGGCUUUGUAGUGUUCCAUCCAGGCCUCAAUAAGAAGAAAGAUCCCCCGAACAUUGCCCUAAAUGAAGUGGAAUACAAUCAGGAAGGUGCCAAGAAGCUUAUGCGCGAGAUGAUUGAUCGAGUGACUGGAAAGAUGAAUUUUAAAAAUCGCUUGAUAUCUGAUGACAAGCUCAGACUAAGCUUGGAGGACGAUUUUCACUUCUUCUACAGUCCUGUGGACAACACAUCUUUCAGUGCUGCUGUUGCUAUCCCUAACUAUGGUCUCAAAUUGCUUCAGGCAAGAGGCAUGAACGUCGAUGAUGCAGAUGUAAAGACGUAUUUAUCCAGCUCUGAGAAUGACGAGGAUGUGAUAGUAGCUCCUUGGGAGAUAUGUCGAGGCACUCCGGUGGCUGCAAAGGAGACGACGCCAGUGUACAAACCAUCAACUGCAAAUGCUACUGACAUAAUCGAUGACACGAAUCGAAACAAUAAUUGUGAUGAACAUAAGCUGCAAAAUUUGCUUUUUGAUGCAAAUUUGACGAAAGAGAGAGCAAGCAAAAAAUGGAAUGCUAAAAAAAUGGAAGAAGACAAAAUUCACAGUGUGUUCGUAGCAACACAUGGAGGCAUUAUGAGAUUUCUGAAGACAGGGUCUGCAGCACCAUUUACAACGCGAGACUUCAUGAAGGAGCAGUUCUACAAGGAAGCUGCCCAAUAUGCUCAAAAAGAAAAAAACUUCAUUGUUCUUUCAAUUUCCUACAGAGGACAAAACAAAGGCAACCAACCAGCGAGUAAUGAAUCGAUCGUCAUCAAUGCAAGUUCUGCUAUUGUGAAGGACGACGUUGUUGCUGCAGUGGCUGGAAUGCAAUUUGAUCAGGAAAAAAUGCAAGAAAUCUUCAAUACAACUGCUGGAAGCGAGGUCAAUUGUCAGGAUUCAGAGGUGUACUGCCGAUUGAUCAACGAUGAUGGCCUCAUACUAGCAUCAAAUCAAAAGGACAAUGAGGUUGGAGAAUUCUUUGGCGUUCCAGAGGGAGCAGUUUUGAAGCAUUUCCUCAAUAACUCGCAGUUUAAAGAAUUUAAUUUUAGCAACGUACAAGGAGAGUGCAAAAAGCCUCAGAAAAUCGUAUCCAGUGCUCGGACACUUCUGAAUCCUCUCUUUGCAGUGUCAUCGUAUGUACAAUUCUGGACCCAGACUGUGUUUUGGUCUUUGAUGCAGUUCAACAUAUACAGUUUCUUUUCUCGUGGUAAUACGGCCCUGGCGGAAGAAGAAGAGGAGAUGAAAAUUCCUUGUACGCAAGAACUCAAAUUUUACAAAGGAGAAAAUUUUACAGAAAAGAAAGAAGAUGAUAUGGUUUGUCCAGAAUCCGAUUCCAACUGUGAUAAACUAACUUGGAUUGUGUACCCAGCACCUGUUAAGAAUACAAAUCUUCUGUUGGUGAUAGUUAAGAAGAAUUGUCAGUGCGAAGACAAUGAGAGAAUAAAGGUUACACUCACACCAAAGGACUUUGUAUCCAGUAUAACAGAACCUAGGCUUAUGUCCUACAGGAAACCUCCGGAACUAGAAUCACUUUGCAAAGCCAAAGGAGAGGGCAAACCUCCUUGUGCCUCGGCCAGCCUUUGUUCCCCUCACCUAAUCACUCUGCUCAUUCUGCUCACAUUCUCUCUUCUUCUUCCAACCAAUCAUCACGGGAGAUGAGUAACUGGACUAUAUCGACUUCAGACGAUACUGAGUGGAAUCCCUGUGGUUACUUGAGCUUAACGAACGCUUUACAGUGAAAAAAAAAUAGCUUUAGACACGUCAACAAAACAGUAGAUACUGCAAGAGAUGAUGUCUUGAUAUUCCGUCAAAUACUCUUGUCAAUCAAAAAGAGGAGUCAGUGACGAGCGAAUUUAACACUCAAGCGGACUGAUUUGCAGAAGACUGCGAAUUACCCGAAGGGCCUGGAAUUGACUUAAAUUUUAAUUAAGCAGAGCUUGUAAAACACAUUUUUAUUAGAAGUAUUUAUACUUUUUGUUUUUCCUUUCUUGUUUUAUAUGUGACAAUUUUAAAAUCGAAAUACCUAUGCAAAUGUGCAAGGAUUUUUAUGCCUUGAACCGUUGUGCCUAGAGUGGUCAAGCUUCUAGUACACCUCGUUUAAUUUCCAUAGAGGUAGAGAAAUAACUGCAUUCUGUACUUAAUAGCUUAGUGACAAAUCUCACCGAUUCUUUGUGACAUUUUGUCUUCGUGUUUUUGUCUUUUUAUCACGAAAAAAACGCUAUGCCAUGCCUGUUAUUUUGACUGAUACUUUUAGUCUCGCACAGAUAAAGAAGUUUCUCGAGCUAAGGUAGUUUCAUCACAAACACACAUCUGUAAUCGUAAUUUCUUGUCGCGGGCCAUGGCUAUUGUGGAAUUCGGUGGUGUUUCACCUGGUUUUUGUGCUUUCGUUAUUGUUUUGAUCGAAAAGUACUCGACCUUAAUCAAACUACACUACAGAUAGUAACAGUUCGUUGUUUUCUGUGAGUUUAAUUCCAUAAGUCCGAAGAUAAUUUAAUUUGGUCAUCGCUACCGAUACCAAGUGCCCGGUUUUGCCGCUAGUGAAUUGUACUAUGAUGUUAGUUAACCCUUUCAAAGAAGCACAUUGUAGUUUCUUUUGUAAGCUUAUAUAAUUGUGAGCACUGUUAGGUCUUAAUUAAUAGAGCAAUUUUGCGAACAGCAUACAACUCAAAUUUACAUUGUUCGUCAAUGCAAUCUACACGCACUAAAGGUUUUGUAGAAAAGUGAUCAGUUUUAAUAAAUAGGAUAACCAGAAACA